UAUUAAACGAUCCGCAUUGAUAUCCAAACGGUAUAUAUAUAUAUUCAAAACAAGGCGGCAAAAAGCACAAAGCAAUGAGUUAUUUUUCUUCAAACUUCCAACGUUUGCUUUCUUACACAAAACUCUUAACAUCUCAUGUCAAUCAAGGCAAACAUGAACAAGCCCUUUCUCUUUUCCACCAAAUCCAUUCAACUCUCUCCCAUUCACUCGACCCCUUCGUGUUCCCUCUCGCCCUUAAAUCUUGCGCCGCGCUGAGUUUCUCUCAGCUCGGCGCAACCAUUCACGCACACACAACCAAAGCCUCUUUCAUUUCCAACCCCUUUGUCGCUUGUGCAUUAGUUGACAUGUAUGGGAAAUGUGUCUCCGUAGAGUACGCACGCCAACUGUUUGAUGAAUCUCCGGAGAGAAAUGUAGUCGUUUGGAACUCGAUGAUCUCUGUUUACGCACAUUGUAAUGAUGUUGGGAGGGCGUUGGAGUUGUUUCGAGUGAUGGAUGUGGAGCCUAAUUCUUCUACUUUUAACGCGAUUAUCACGGGGUUGGCGGACACGGAGGAUGGGUUUAGUAGGGCUGUUUUGUGUUACAGAGAGAUGGGGAGGAUGGGGUUGAAGCCGAAUUUGAUUACGGUUCUUGCAUUGUUACGUGCUUGUCUUGGUACGGCGGAUGUGAAUUUGAUCGAACAGAUUCAUGGGUAUUCGAUAAGGAAUGAUAUUGAUCCAGAUCCUCAAUUGAGGAGUGGAUUAAUUGAGGCUUAUGGGCGUUGCGGGUGUCUUGAGAAAGCUCAUCUUGUGUUUCUUAGUAUGAGAAACAGGGAUGUGGUUGCUUGGAGUAGUUUGAUAUCAGCUUACGCGUUUCACGGGGAGGCAAGAACUGCACUUGAAGUUUUUGAGCAAAUGCAGAAGGCUAAUGUCAGGCCUGAUGGAAUUACUUUUCUUGGGGUUUUGAAAGCUUGUAGUCAUGCUGGACUACCUGAUGAAGCACAUAUGUACUUUUCUCGUAUGAGAGUUCGUUAUGGUGUUGAAGCAAGCAGUGAUCAUUACGCUUGUUUGAUAGAUGUAUUGAGUAGGUCAGGAAGAUUGCAUCAGGCGUAUGACGUUAUUAGGAAAAUGCCAGUGAAAGUGACUGCGAAAGCUUGGGGAGCACUACUUGCUUCUUGUCGAACUUAUGGAGAAGUCGAGCUGGCAGAAAUAGCUGGAAGAGCUUUAUUUGAAAUAGAGCCUGAGAAUCCUGCUAAUUUUGUGAUUUUGGCAAGAAUUUAUUCUAGUAAUGGGCGAUUUGAGGAAGCGGAAAGACUCAGAAGAGAGAUGAUCAAGAGGGGCAUGAAAACAUCCCCGGGUAGCAGCUGGGUAGUACAUCAAUAUUGACUUAUCCUGGUUCUUUUGGCUGGUUCAGGUGACAAUUCACUGAAAUUUCGACGUCAAUAUUGUACUGAGGCGUCUUUAGAGUAUGGAAGAAACAGAAAGUGAUAGACCCCAGUAACAAUCAUGCUAGAAAGAUUCAAUAGUUUUCUUGUUAUACAUAAAAAUGAUUGAAACAGAGAUGUCUAUUGUGAAGUUCCAUGUAAUUUGAACUCGAGCUGUAUUUGCUUUUGGAUAGUGAUGUUUGCCCUGACGCUAAAACUUAGAUGGGAUUGUUUCUGUUGCAUGCUUCAGCUCUAAUAGACGGACAUUGGACUAAAGGAUAGUAUUUCUAUGUUCCAGUAGCAUGACCAGCUUUAAUAUAGAUGCUCAAUUAAACUCUCAGACAGUCAAGACUGUUGAUAGUGAACCAAGUGAGAAGUAUGUAAAUUCUGCCUAUCAAA